AUGUCAAUAGCUUCAGCUAGUGGCAAAGAAGGGAGUCAUGGUUUCAUGAGCAGUCAUGAUCUACCGACCCCCAAUGAGGAUAACCUAGCUUCCAUUGAUCCAUUGGCUUUUGUCAUUCAGGAAUGCACAUUUAUUUCAAGCUCAAUGCGCAAAAAUAACAGAAGCACUUCAAAUCCCUUUGCUUCGAUCUUAUUGAACCAAUUUUUGACCGAUUCGUCUUAUCCAGAUGAUUCAAUUUUACAAGCUUCAGGAAGUUCCGGAAAUUUGAAUAAUUUCCCCAAAGUGCCUAAGAGUUCGUCAGCUUCUUCCAAAAAUAACGCAGCUAGGUUUAAGGAUGAUGAUCCUUUCCUUUCAGGAUUUGUUGAAUUACGUUCAAUUCUUUCAGAAACAGAUGAUAUCUCUUUAAUUGAUAUCAUUACUUUACUACAGCCUUUUCUAGUGGUGAUUAAAUCUCCAUCAACCUCUUGUUACAUCACAAGCAUUACGAUUUCGUCUUUGACAAAGUUUUUCAAAUAUAACAUUAUCAAUGAAAACCAAUCAAAUAUUGUACAAGCUUUAUCGCAGAUUGUGUCAACAUUAUCUCAUUGUAGAUUUGAAGGUGCAGACCAAACACAAGAUGAUAUUUUGCUAGUUAAGAUUAUACAGUUACUGGAAGCAAUUGUUAUCUCAAAAUUGGGUUCUUUGUUAACAGAUGAUUCAAUGUACGAGAUAAUUUCAACUUGUUUCUCAUUGGCUAUUAACACCAGAAGAAGGGAUAUGUUAAGAAGCGCCGCUGAGAAUUCCUUAUUAACAAUUACUCAAGUUGUUUUUAGUAAAUUGAAAAAUUUAGAAUCAAUUCCAGAAAUUGAUCAUAAUACCAAGAGUUCCAAUGUUGAAUUUUCUAAUGAUUUAUUACCAAAUGAUACCAUAGGUAGAUCAACUCCUGUGGUAGAGUCAAACGAUGACCUACUGCAAGAAAAAAGCAACGAAAGAGAUGAAGAAGACACCUUAGUCCAUAACGAACAGAAAGAGGAAGAGAAAAGUCCAACUGAAGGCAAUGUGCACGAAGAGAGUAAUACAUCCAAAGAAAAGGAAUCUUUAGAACUCGUUAAUCAAGAAGCUGAUCUGUCUCCUUAUGGUAUACCAUGUAUGUCUGAAUUUUUGAAUCACACGAUUGAUAUUAUUUCACCUGAGAAUAAGUAUAGGUUUACUGAAAGUACCAGGGCUCUAGCAUUAGAAAUUCUGAUCAGAAUUAUUGAAGUCUCAGGAGCACAUUUAGCAAAACACAGCCAACUAUUCUCUCUAAUUUCUGAUAAUUGCUGUCAUCAUUUGGUCUUAUUAAUAACUAGUAGUGACUCAAUGAUCUUAAUUUCUUCUGCAAUGAAGUUGAUUCUUUAUUUCUCAUUGAAUUUUCCUAAUUUGCUAAAAGCGCAGUUAGAAUUGGUAUUUAAAAGCAUCUUCGAAUCAAUACUUGCAAAUGAUGAGGUUUUGCACACAAGUUUACAAGAUUACAGAGAUUCAGUUUUUGAAAUGUCUAAGAAGGGUAAAUUUGAAACCAAUUCCUUAACUGAAUCCGAGAUCGAAGAUCUAAGGAAAGAGUUUGACACAGGUAAGUCACCAGAAAUAAAGGAAUUUUUCAUUGAAAGCUUAAGCGUUUUAUGGUGCAGAUCACCAUAUCUCUUUAUUAACCUGUUCAAGUCAUAUGAAUCUGAUUUUGAAAGGUCGGAUAUAACUGAUCGUUUUCUUCAGAUUCUCUGCAGACUGUCUUACUCAGAUUGCUCUAUUGUUACUACCAACAGUGUUCCUCCAAUAUGUUUGGAUGGGCUACUUUCUUUUGUUAAUAAUAUUUACAAUAGAGUUAAAAGAGGAAUAGCCGAAAAAAUUGACCCUGAAGCCGCAGAAAAGGUAUCUAUUUUACAAUCAUAUACACAAAAAUCUGAUUUCAUCGAUUGUAUUAGGAUCUGGAAUGAAAAACCCUCAAAAGGUUUUGAAGCCUUGCAUGAAAAAGGAUUUAUUCAGGACCCAUCUGACGAUAAGGAGGUUGCAUCGUUUUUGUUUACCAACUCUGGUCGGGUCGAUAAGAGAAAACUGGGUGAAUUGCUUGCUAAACCAACAAAUUCAAAGUUAUUGAAAGAGUUUGUUAACUUACUAGAUUUCAAAAACUUGAGACCUGAUGAGUCAUUGAGGAUACUAUUAAGUUAUUUUAGAUUACCAGGUGAAGCCCAACAAAUUGAACGUAUCGUCACAAUCUUUAGUGAGAGAUAUAUUGAAUGUCAAGAUUAUACUGAAGAAGCCGAUGAGGAAGACACGGAAAAAGUUUUGCCGGAUGUGGAUUCAAUGAUUGUCCUUUCAUUUUCUAUCAUUAUGCUAAAUACUGAUUUGUAUAACCCAAGUGUUAAGAAACCUAUGACCUUAGAUGAUUAUCAGAGAAAUGUUCGUGGCACUUAUAAUGGUACGGACUUUCCCUCAUGGUACACAGAGAAAAUCUACUAUAGUAUUAAGGAAAAGGAAAUAAUUAUGCCAGAAGAACACAAGGGAUCUCAGAAGUAUUUUGAAAAUGCAUGGCAUUCUGUUGUUGCCGAACAAGAGUCAAAAAAGAUGACAGACCAUGAUUCAGUAACAACUUCUUGGAUUACCGAUAAUGGUUCUUCAUUAUCAGAAUUAUUAGCAUUUGAUAAAAUACUGUUUGGAAAGCAUUGCAAAAAUUUGAUAUCUGCUUUUGUUAUUAUGUUUGAUGACGCUACUCAUGAUAGCUUAAUAACAAAAAUGAUGUCAACUAUUGAAAAAUGUGCAGCAAUUGCUAUCUUUUUUGGCAUGGAGGACAUCGUAGACUCCGUAAUCGAAAUAACUGCACACUUAUCAACUUUGACCGGCGUCAAGAAGUCUGAAUAUUCUUAUGAAGUGAGAGAUGUGUUGCCAAUUAUAGAACUUAACAACGAUAAGGAAAAUGAGCCCUCAAUUUAUGUCAGCGAUGCUUCAAUACUAUUUGGCAGAGAUUAUCGUGCGCAGUUAAGUCUAAUUGUUUUAUUUAGAAUUUUGAAAAGAUUCAAUUACAAAGUCACUAAAGGAUGGUAUUAUUUAACUAAAGCUAUCUUGAAAUUAUUUGAAAUUGGCAUGUUUGAUCCAAAUGUUUUCAAGGAUUUCCAGAAGAAACUUCAGUUUGAUCAGUUAGCCAAGCCACCAGCUGAAUUCAGAUUGAACGAAUCGGAUGUUAACAAAGAUGGCGGCUUAUUCUCAACUUUUUCUUCAUUCAUGAAAGGUAUUACAACCGAGACACCUGAACCAACUAGAGAAGAAAUCGAGAUCACUAUAUCAUGUUUGGAAUUUAUUGAUACAAUAGGCGUUAAAGAUGUUUUUUUCCAAGUGAGUAAGAUAAAAGACAAUGAGAAUAUGAAUAAACUAACGCAAAUAUUGUUGGCAUUGUUACCGCACAAGAGCGAUUCAACUGAGAGGUUUUUUGCUGAAGAAUCUUUAUUACUUUUAGAGCUAUGCGUUUGCUACUUGAUCAUUACGAAAAACAACAAACUAAUCAACCAAGUUUUCAGUAAAUGUGAUUCGAUUAUUUCAGAUACUAAUGAGAUGAAAAUGUCCACAAUAUGCAGAAUUUUGUCUUACAAACUUUUGCUACUAAAUGUUUGCCAAAAAAAUGAAAAUAAUAAAUCUGUUUUGAAGUCUACAGUAGAGUAUAUAUUCGCAUUAUCAAAGAAUUCUCGUGACUCAUUUGUGAAACACGGGAUUAGUGUUUUAAUUCCAUUGGAACAGCUAGCAUUAACCAAAGAGUCAUGGUGCUCAAAGGAAGUGUUGUUUAGUGAUACCUAUUGGAACAUUAUCAGAAUAAUUGCAUCGCUACCAAAGAAUACGGAAAGUGUUUAUAUAUUCAUUUUUACCGUUGUCAAGCAACACACGCAGAUCAUAGAGUAUAGAAAUUUCAUGAAUAUCCUAGGAUUAUUGGAUGAAAUAUCGGCUGUUGGUGCCUAUGGGGCCCAAUGGGAACAUGAAUAUGAUAAGCUAAUUGAUAGUGGCGUGAACGUUAUUGAUAAAAAGAAUCCUUUUCAGCACUUAGUUGACAUUGGUAUUAAGUCGAUUACACUAACAAGUGAUUUAGGAAAGGUUAUUAAGACAGAAUCAUUUCAAAAAUCAGUUGAAGAAAGAAAAGAAACAAAUCAAAAUAUAGUUGUUUCAUGGUAUCCGUUAAUCGAGGCGAUUUCUCACCAAUGUUAUAACCCAUGUAGACAAAUUAGAAAUCAUGCAUUAAAUGUAUUGGGCCAAUUGUUACUUAAGUCUAGUACUAUUCCGCUUGAAGAGCUAUCUAUUGACAAGAUAUUUGAAGCUGCAUGUCUAAGAUUAUUGGUGGAGUUAAUGAAGCCGGAGGUUAAUGGUACUGAUGUUAAGGGUAUGACAAAAACCCAACGUGAUGUUAUUGGUUUAUCGGGUAAAGUCAUUAUCACACACACUUUUAAAGAUUUGGAAAAUGCAGUCGAAAAGCUCUUUGCUGUUUCCAGUCAAUUGCUACAGCAUAAUAGAAACAUCUAUCCUCAUACAGGCCACGAAGACGAAAUUGUAGAACUACUUAGAAACGUUUUGAUGGUCAGGAAAUCUGAAUUAGACCUCACCAAAUUAAAGGGAUACAAAAUGGACGGUGUUCUAAAGAAAUUAGUCGAAGAGGUGAUAAAUAUCUCCAAUCCUUGA